CUCACUCACCUGUUCUAGACACUCCUCUUGCACAUCCUCGAGAAGUCUGGCGCCAUAUUGUUCCGCCGACAUGCUCGCGCCAUUCUCUCAAUAAGUUCUUUUGCAGAGUGCGUCGGAAGGAAGGUUACAGACGACAAAAGUUCUGUACGACGGAUACAAGAACUUUUAAUAAAGGCGAAAAUAUAUAGGCAUCCGCCCCAAAAAACGAGUCAAAGAUAUGGCUCCGCCUCAACACCCUUUCCCGGUCGGCGCCCUCGAACAGCGAGUACAAUACCACACCGUCGACUUCAAGGAAAAGAGUAGGAAAUUGGGAGAUUUCGACCUGAAGCGUGAUUGCACGUUACUCGAGCUGGUUCAGUACAGUUGCACCACGCCCGAAGAACAGACUGAGAGGCUCAUUGCGAACCCUCACGCAGACAUUGGGAUGGAAUGCCACCCUUUUGUCCGACUGUUUAGAAAGUGCGAAAAGAACGGCAAAGUAUUCCACGUCGAAACAACGGCGUGGGAAGGUGAACAUGCAUGGAAACAACCCCCAAAUUCACGACCGACAGCAGGUAUGAGCAACAAAGCCGAUGAUGAGUCGACUACAAACGCUAUCGCGAGAUAUGCUACGUAUUUCUGGUCACCAAAAUGAGCCUCGCCUGGGUCCCCCGGGGUAUCAUAUGCAAUAUCUCCAAUCCUCUUUUCCAAAUCCAUCAACGCCGACGCUAUGUAAUGACUAGUCACGAGCUCAGUGAAGCCCUGUUCUUCUUUCUACAAUCCCUCACUCAAGAGCCUUUCCGUUCAGCAUCAGUCGUGCUGUUUGCGGCUUGCUUCCUCUUGACCUGAACAUCAUCCGGCAUCCGAUAGGCUUUUUCGCUGGAUACAAUGGGGCCCAGCUCGAAACCUUCGCGUUCUUUAGAAAGAAGGGUACGCAGCGUUUCUUCGAAUAUCGCCGGCUCGGCUAUAUUAACAGUGUUCUUCGCACGUUUGCGAGGGCCCAGUGUGAACCUGGGUCUCGAGGACCGGUCAAUCGAAUGUGUCGCAUCCAACUUGACUGCGCCAGCCAACUUGCGGAGCGCCUGUUCACCCAGCUUUCCUUCUUGUGUCGCCAAUUCACGGAUCUUCCUGGUAUCAACCUCCCGAUGAGGAAGUACAGGUGUGUCUCGGAAGGUAUGCGCCGAUGGCAGCUUGGGAACGCCUUUGGUGUUGAAGGUGAACUUCUUCAGCUCGCCCUGUCCAUCGAGUUCGGGGCCAAGGAAUGAUGAAGGGAGUUCGAUGACAUUGUGAAAGGAGUCUUCGGGAGGAGUCGGGUAUAAAGGAGGAUUACACUGUGGCUGUGAUGCGUAGGGCUUGAGUUGGUCGUCGGGUCUAGAGAUCUCAAGUACUUCGAUUGCGGUCUCGAAAUCAGUCGCAAUUGGAACAGUUCGACGUGCUGCUAGCAUUGACCGACGAACCAUAGAAAGUACUUUGAGUAUGACUUUAUCAUCAUUAGCAAUUUAGAACAACGUCACAGUUAAAA